AUGUCCUCGUCCGAGUCGCGCUUCACCUCGCAGAACAAGUCCACCGAGCAGCGUGUUUCCACCAACACCGUCGGCCUCGUCGCCCUCUCCGACUACCGCAAGCGACGCGCCGAAGUCUUCGAGCAACAGGAGCGCGAGGCGAGGGAAGCUGCCAGUGCCAAUGCCACGCCCGACCGCUCGUUGACCGCCACGCCUGACAAUUCGAGCGACCCGUCGAUCCCGCGCAAGAAGCCCAAGAAAAAGGCUGCCAAGGCUGGUCGUGUCAAGCUUUCCUUUGGGGGCGGCGACGAAGAUGAAGCAGACGAGGGAGUCGAGGUAGCCAGCAUCGGGGCCGACGGCGAAAACAAGGCGGCCAAGUUCAAGGUCAACUCGUCCGUGUCGGUGGUGCCGCGCUCUGUGACCAAGUCGGCUCUGCGCCGCGAGGUUGCCGAGAGAGAUGCGCUACGUCGCCAGUUUCUGGUGCGCCAGGAGGCCGUGAAGAUGACCGAGAUCGCCAUCCCCUUCGUCUUCUACGACGGUUCCAACAUCCCCGGUGGCACCGUACGCGCCAAGAAGGGCGACUUUGUCUGGGUCUUCCUCGACAAGAGCCGCAAGGUCGGCGCCGACCUCGGCGUCGGCGAGAAGGCAAACGCCCGGAGGGAAUGGGCGCGCGUUGGUGUCGACGACUUGAUGAUGGUUCGGGGCAAUGUCAUCAUUCCUCACCACUACGAGUUCCUAUUCUUCAUCAUGAACAAGACAGUCGGUCCCACUGGCCAGCUUCUUUUCGAAUACAGCGCCGAGAUCCCGAAGCCACGAGAUCCAGAGCCCCCCAACAACAACCCCGACAAUGACCCCGACAAUGACCAAGAAGACCGGCCGACCGCCCGUCCCACAUCCACCCAGAGGCAACCUGACGUGGCGUCCCUGGAGGGUGCCACAGGCGAUCCGGCCUUCACCAAGGUCGUCGACCGGCGAUGGUACGAGCGGAACAAACACAUCUACCCCGCCAGCGUAUGGCAGGAUUUCGACCCCGAGAAGGACUACCAGUCGGAGGUCAGGCGCGAUCUCGGCGGCAAUACCUUCUUCUAUUCUUGA